AUGCCGCAAGAGGAGAAAACCAUCUCGGGCUGGACGACUGCCCCAACAAGUCAGCAGGAAGCUUCUCAGGUUGUGCUGAAGUCAGACGAUCCAACAUGCCCUGGAGCUUUCUUUACUUUUGAGGCAGUCCGACCCAAUGUCUUCAGGACUACCUUCAUCUCCGAGAGUCAUCCUCUGCCGCCUCACCCCAGCUGUCCUCGGCCAGCUCGAGAACUCGAGGCCACCAAUAUCACCAUCCAAGAUUCAGGCAAGUGUAAGGAGCUGCAGGUGGGAAACAUCACAGCCAAGGUAGACUGGAAUGGCCUGACUCCGCAUGUGUCCGUCUCGCUCAGCGGUGAUUCCGGCUCCGUUCUCCUCCAUGCCGACGUGCCUGAACGAGCCUAUGUGCUCGACGGACCAGGCGUAGCGCACUACUCCCGCUACCAAAGAAACACUCUACACGUCGGCCUGGGCGAGAAGGCGGCGCCGAUGGACCUCUCUGGCCGUCGCUUCCAACUCUCGGCGACAGACAGUUUCGGUUAUGAUGUGUACCGGACUGACCCUCUUUACAAGAACAUCCCGCUGCUGAUCAAUGCCACGCCGCAGGGCUGUGUGGCGUUAUUCUCUACCAGCUUGACGAGGGGGCAGUAUUCCAUCGGCUCCGAGAUGGACGGCAUGUGGGGUUUCUACAAGGUGUACAGACAAGACUUUGGGGGGUUGGAAGAGUACAUGAUAAUUGGCAAGACCCUCAGCGACAUUGUCAAGUCGUAUGCCGAUCUCGUGGGCUACCCGCUUCUGGUUCCUCGCUGGGCAUUUGGGUACCUGUCGGGCGGCAUGAAGUACUCGAUGCUCGACGAGCCCCGUGCCUCCGAGUCCUUGCUUGACUUGGCGAGGAAGAUGAAGCAGCACGACAUUCCCUGCUCUGCCUACCAGAUGUCAUCCGGGUACACCGUCUCUGAGACGCCUCCCAAAACUCGGAACGUCUUCACUUGGAACCGCCACAGAUUUCCAGACCCAGAAGGAUUUAUAGAGGAGUUCCACAAACACGGCAUGCGGCUCCUGGCGAACGUGAAGCCGUAUGUUCUGGCCAGUCAUCCCGAGUACGAGAAGCUCAAGGCGGCAGGAGCACUGUUCUGGGACCCUUCUACCAAGCAGACGGCUUUGACACGUCUUUGGAGUGCUGGGGGUGGCGAGAGCGACAUUGGCGGCCAUAUCGACUUCACAUCCGAGGCUGGCUUCAAGUGGUGGUAUGAAGGUGUCAAGAAGCUGCGCGAGCAGGGCAUUGACUGUAUCUGGAAUGACAAUAAUGAGUACACCAUCACUGAUGACAAGUGGGAAUGCGCCCUGAACAACCCUGCGCUUGAAGUCCCGCAGACGCACAAGCAGCGCCCUCAAGUCGGAGUGUGGGGUCGCAGCUUACACACCGAACUCCAUGGCAAAGCGUCGCACGAUGCCCUCGUGGAUGCCGCACCGGAGGAGCGACCUUUUGUCCUGACGCGCAGCGCCACGACUGGAACCAUGAGAUAUGCCUGCAGCAGCUGGAGCGGCGACAAUAUCACGAGCUGGGAGGGUAUGAAGGGCGCAAACGCCCUGUCCCUGACAGCUGGGAUGUGUCUGAUGCACUGCUACGGCCACGACAUUGGCGGCUUCGAGGGUCCUCAGCCAACCCCCGAGCUACUCCUCCGCUGGGUCCAGCAGGGCAUCUACUCCCCUCGCUUUGCGAUCAAUUGCUUCAAGACGGGCAGCGACAACAACGUCGGCGAUGUCAUUGAGCCGUGGAUGUAUCCCGCCAUCACGCCUCUCGUCCGUAAAGCGAUCAAACGCCGCUACGCUAUGAUUCCGUACCUGUACUCACUCAUGAUCGAGGGCCACCUGACGUCAAAGCCACCUCAGCGGUGGACCGGAUGGGGCUUUGAGGCCGAUCCGGAAAUUUGGACGCGGAAGAUUAUGGAUGGUGAGACCCAGUACUGGCUUGGCGACAGUCUCCUCAUCGGUGGUGUUUUCGAGGCCGGCGUGAGAGAAGGUCGCGUCUAUCUCCCCAAGGCCUCCGAUGGUGAUGAAGGCUACAUCAACCUGAACGCUCCGUAUCAAUACCUGCCUGCGGGACAGUGGGCGACCAUUGAUGCGGAAUGGCAUGGCGCUGGAAUCCCAGUUCUCGGCAGGGUCGGCAAGGCUCUCCCCGUCGGAAAGGAUGUUCAAGUUCUGUCUCCUGGUGAGACGGUCAACGUUGCAGACUUGCCGCUGGAUGAUUACAGAGGCGUCGAGAUCUUCCCUCCCCAGGGUGAUUCCAACGGCAAGUGGUACUCUACGACAUGGUACGAAGACGACGGUGUGUCCGCCGUGCACAUGAAUAAGAUAUCAAACUACGCUAUCUCCUACAGCACGAGCAAGGGCCGUAUCACUGUCAAGUUCUCGAAGAACGAGGAAGGCGGGUUCAAGGCACUUUGGAACUCGCUCGUUAUCAUCUUACCGCCUGGAGAUGAGAGGGUCGUCAGUGGUGGAGAUUGGCAUGCAGUGAGAGAGCUACCCUUGGAUUAUGAUGGUAGAAGACGGUUUGAACUUGCAUAG